AUGCCAGCGGCUACAGGAGGUGCGAGCGUCGAUGUAACUAGCUAUGAGAUUCUUGGUUUGCGGGAGCCCAUGAAGGGUGUUUACCAGACCGUCCAGCUACCUCAAUACUUUUUCAAGCCGCAUACACGUAAUCCUGACUUCUUCGGCCGUCAAGACGUCCUCCAUACCCUAGCUGAAGGACUCAAUCCUUCGGUUGAUUCACGUUCCAGAUCAUUUGCUCUAUGCGGAGCUGGUGGUUUAGGGAAAACCUCGGUUGCGGUAGAAUAUGCCUACAGGAACAAAAGCAUGUACGAAGCCAUAUUCAUCUUACAGGCUAGCGAUUCAGAGAAGCUGGCGCAAUCAUUUGCAGAGAUUUCACUCGCUCUUGGUCUCGAGAGUGAAGCUGGAGACCAGAUUGUCAGUAAGAACCUUGUCUUCAGAUGGCUCUCACAGCCAGUCAGGCGCAUGUCAGAGGGUACUGCAAUCCUGGAAGAUCAAAAUCAGGAUAUUGUCCCGUGGUUGUUGGUGUUUGAUAACGCCGAUGAUCUGAGUAUCCUCCGCGAUUAUUGGCCUGAGUCCGAGCAUGGAUCGAUAUUAGUGACCAGUCGAGACCCUCUAGCGAAAACCAGGACGUACGUGGCCAUUUCGUCCGGACUGGAGCUCGAGCCUUUCGUGGAAGUCGAAGCUGGGUUGCUAUUACGGAAGUUGACAGGGCUCGCAGCGACUGCCGAUAUCCAGUCGUCUGAACUGGUCGCUCGGAAGCUCAGCGGCUUACCACUUGCUAUAAUGCAGAUCGCAGGAACUAUGGUUCGUCGGGAUCUAUCCUUUGAAGAAUUUUCAUCACUCUACGAUCAAGAAGCUCUUCGAGCUGACCUGCACCGCGCAAACGAGUUUGCAAGCACAGCAAGGACUCUUUACACGACCUGGAACUUCCAUGAUCUUAGCCAAAGUGCUUUGUCUCUGAUCAAUGUGAUUACCUUCUUCGAUCCAGACCAGAUUUCGGAAGACAUCUUGAUGAUGAUGUCAAGCGUGGGAGUUCGCCAUCGACCAGAGGAAUAUCCUGUAACAGCUACCGGAUUCAUGGACGCGCGUUCAGAACUAGCAAAAUCAUCUCUGGUCAAGCGUAAUCGGGAAAGGAAAGAACUCGUGAUACAUCGCAUUAUACAAGACGCAGCAAGGUUGCGAAUGCAGCCUAAUGUCGUAGAUUCAUGCUUUAUCAGCGUGACACAUCUCCUCUAUACCGCUUGGCCUUUUAGCGAAUUUGAAUUCAGUACCGCUCGGUGGCGCCUCUGUGAACCUCUGAUCUCACAUGUGGCCAAUCUGUAUCGGAUUUACCAACAGAUCGAUGCGCUGAAAGCUGUGAAGGAAGGUCGCCCUGAACUCGCUCGUUUGUUCAUGGAUUUUGGAUGGUAUUCCAUUGAAAGAGGAAUCCUUGACGAGGCUCGACCUUACCUUCAAAGCUCUCUUGAACUGUGCGACCUGGUUCCUGAAUCUACUUAUAUCACGCGAGGAGAUGCCGAGGGUUGUCUAGCUCAGCUUUUGAAUCUCACCAACGAUUACAAAGCCGCCAUGGUACAUGCCAAAGUCUCAGCCAGCAUAUUUCAAGUACACGAUCCACUGGGCUGGAGGAUGGCCCAAGCCCAUAAUGAGGUCUGUGAGGCGUACAUUGCAGCUUCCAAGUACGAGGAGGCAUUGCAGCAAGCCGAGCUUUCCAUGAAAAGCUAUUUCGCACUUCCGGAGGACGACUAUCCCGACUGGGCAGUCAUGAACAAGGCUUACGCGCUGUACAAAUUAGGUCGGCUUGACGAGGCUAAUGACACGCUUGAAGAUUACCUAGAUCUACGAGCAAAGAAGUUUGGACCGAUGGAUUCUGAAUCUCUCAAGUCAGUACACAAUGGAACAGGGACUACCUUAGCUGACUCGUACGCAGAACUGGCCAAUGCCUCUACUUACUGGGUCUAG